GUUUAUUUUACUUGUGUUUAGUUUUUGUAUCUGAAUGAGUAAAUCUAUAGGUUUAAAAAUAGAAUUGUACAUGCAAACUUGUUUAUUUUACUUGUGUUUAGUUUUUGUAUCUGAAUGAGUAAAUCUAUAGGUUUAAAAAUAGAAUUGUACAUGCAAACUUGUUUAUUUUACUUGUGUUUAGUUUUUGUAUCUGAAUGAGUUCUAUUACUUUUACAGAGACUUAAAGAUGUAAUUAUUGCAUUAUUUGUACAUGUAAUUCUAUAAAAAAUAAUAUGUAUUUAUCAUGCACAUGCAUACGGAAACAUUAUAACUGCAUGUCAUUUUGUACUUGAUGUAAACACGUAAAACCCAGCAUAUAUUGUACAGUAAAUGUACAGUGUGAAGUUUCAAGUAAUGAUAAGUAAAUAUUAUUUUACCAGGUUAAUUGUAACAAAGAUUAACAGAUUGCUGUAAAUUAAACAAAAGAUGGGGACAGACAGAAUGAACAAGAAUUUAAGUGGAUUACCCAUGUAUCAUCUGAGAAGGAUAGGACCUCCCAAUAAAGACAGGGUGAUUAACGUCAUGGAUCUAUACAGGGUAACAUAUAUGAUUGGCCGUAGUGAGGUACAGGUGGAUUUUUACAUAGAUUCAAGCAAUCACAUACAGAGUGCAAGUAUAUCUCGAUGUCACGCUAGAGUUGUCAGGCAGAACGGGAACCAGCAUAGACUGUAUGAUGACAGCUUGAAUGGAGUUUUUGUGAACAAUAUAAAAAUUGCAGGGAGCUGUGUUCUACGUGAAGGAGACAAGGUGACAUUUGGACAUCCAUGUGGUGCGCGUCUCCCGGCAGGCAGUAGAGCCAGACAACCAGAUUCACACCAUCAGUUUAUGUAUGAAAUGUGCACAUGUGAUCUGGCAGAAGUCACUGAUGAGAAAGGAGACAAUUCUGUUAGUAAG